CCGAAAGUGCUGUGAGCGGCCGCGGGGCGUCGCCUUCACCUGGCCCGAGGUUUGGCUGACCCAGCUGGGAAGCCUGAAGGGCACUCAACAUGAACGGAAGAGUCGGGUAUUGGACCUGUGAGGAAGAGAUCAGUCUGACCAGGGGGCCCUCAGGGCUGGGCUUCAACAUCGUCGGUGGGACAGAUCAGCAGUAUAUCUCCAACGACAGUGGCAUCUACGUCAGCCGUAUCAAAGAGAACGGGGCUGCGGCCCUGGAUGGUCGGCUCCAGGAGGGUGAUAAGAUACUCACGGUGAAUGGUCAAGACUUAAAGAACCUGCUGCACCAAGAUGCUGUGGACCUCUUUCGAAAUGCAGGCUAUACUGUGUCUCUGAGGGUACAGCACAGGGAACAAGUGCAGAAUGGGCCUGUAGGACACAGAAGUGAAGGAGAGUCAAGUGGCAUUCCCAUAGCCAUGAUUUUGGUGCCAGUGUUUGCCCUCACCGUGGUUGCAGCCUGGACCUUCAUGAGAUAUCGACAACAACUUUGACAAGCUUGCUUUUCUCCAGUGCCUCCGGGUGAAGAGACAUUCUCUCACCCUUUCCCUGCCACUGCUCUCUUUCCCUCUGUCUGCCCAGUCAACACGUGACUGCUGUGCACACAGAGCCCUGCUGCUCACAACAGACUCUAACCCUCACAUGCUAAAUGGGAGCGUAAAGGUCUUCUCUGAAGAAAAGAGGAAGAAAGGACUUGUUCAGAAAGAUCUGUCUAGCUACAUUUCUAAGUCCAUCGAUGGGAGUUUAGCUACCACCAAAGAGGGAAAGGCCCAGUCUUCCUGUCGUCAUGAGUGACACUGGUUUUAGCUGGCAUGCUUUAAAGGCUACCUGUAUAAGCUGAGAGGAAGACAGGAUGUUCUUAUUUAUGAUUUUUUGAGGGGACAUUUUUGUGGCCUUCAUUUAAUCUCUUCCUAACUAUGUACUAAGUUGCCUAUAUUGAACAGAGAAUGAUGAGAAGAACAAUUUUACAACAAAACAAAAUUUAAAUACUUACAUACCAACACACAACCACAGAUAUACACACGGAGAAUUUGACGAGGCAACUCCUCAUUUCUGUCCCUUACCUAAGGGACAAUCUUAAUUGAAGAAUUUGAAGAGCUCUAUUUUAAAGCAUAUAUAAUGAGAUUGAGCCUUUAAAGAGUACGCCCAAUCGGAGUCAUAAAAAAUAGAAAUUUUAAGAGUGAAGUAACCACUCAGAAAUUUUGCAUGAACACAUUUUACUUCUGUAAUAUGCACGGUGAAGUUGAAGUCCAUUGGUAUAAACCAGAGCAGUUUGUCCAGAAAGCAUUGUGCUAUAAAGAUACGUGCCAGUGACAUGGCGUGCCUCCCAGUGUUGUCCAGGCUCACCUGAAAGGGUUUGGGGUUGGGCUCUGGCAGAGGCACCACACCCAUCCCGGGAGGAAACACUAAGUGGGAAACAAGAGCGAGCCUCCAUGCUGGUCUCUCAACCCGCCUUCUUGAUUCUAGUGGCAGUUGACACUUGAGAGAGGGGACUCUUCCUUUGGCAGAAUGGGCAUCAAAGUCCCGCUGUCUGGUUUUUGGUAUGAUGAUAGGAUUUGGAUUGCUACUUUGUUUUCUUUCCCCCCAAAAAGGCUCUGCAUUCUGGCUAUUCCCUUCAAUAAUAAAUGAUUUGCAGGGAAGGAUCAA